GCCUCCCAUCGCCGCCAUGAACCUCAACCAGAUGAAGAACGCGUCCAACCUGCAUGCGGCCAAUGCCACGAGCGUUGUGGGAAAUUCCAUGGCGAUCCCGUCACGCCUGGGCGUAGCGAGUGCUGCUAAUGGCGCCGGAGCCGCAACAGCGCAGCCAACGGCCGUUUCCAUGAACCAAUUGGGCCAGAUGAACCUCAGCCACGUUCGCAGCGCUGCCUUCAAGCCCGCGGCUCCUGUGUCCGGAACUAACGUGGUGCCACCCGGUGUGGGUGCAGCCACUGCUGUGCCUAAUACGGCGGGUGCAGGCGCGCUGCAGCUAUCGGGCCGCUGGUCACUUGAUCGCGAGGACUCGGACUCGACCAACGACUACUUGGAGGCCAUGGGACUGCCACUGAUCGCCCGCCAGGCCGCAGACAAGCUGGACCUCAUGGUGAUUAUCAGCCAAACACCCGGAGAUUUUGUGAUCACGCGUCGCACGCGCAUCUUCACUGAGACUAAGCAGCUCAAAUUCGGCCAAGAAGUCAACGUCAAGAACAACCUCAUCACCGUCACGGGAGACGCGUCACAGAUCAAGACUGUCACGCAGCUAUCGGGCUUCCGUGGCGUACUCGCAGAUAUCCGCACGCUGGAUCCGCGGGGCCGCAUGCACGUGGAGCUCACGCUGACACUGCCGGAGAAGCCUCCAGUUAUCAUCAACCGCUACUUCAAGAAGACCAGCGAGUCCACGUCACUCGAGAACUUGCCGGCGUUCGACAUGAGCCUCGAGACCUCGGGUGAUGUCAAGCGCAAGCGUUAA